AUUUAUGCUCACUGGUCUCGUUCAACACUCUGUUAAAUCUGGAAAGCAAGAGGGAACUGGAUCUGCAACCAAGUUCAGUUUUGACACACAAUUUUUCGAGUUUCGGACUUUCUCCUUCUCAAUACAUUUUUAAACCUUAAUUUUUGCAUUUUUUGUGGGGUGCUAAUCUGUCCUUUGUGCAACGAUGUGUACCGGAAAGUGCUCCAAGUUUAUCGGCAUUACACUCUAUCCUCUGGCUGUUGUGUCCAUCCUUUGUAACGUACUGCUGUUCUUCCCUGACUGGAUGGUAAAGUAUGCACAGGACGACUCAGAAGAGACCCCACGUCUUACAAAUGAAGUCAAAUACAUGGGAGGUGUCCUUGGAGGUGGCAUUUUGGUGCUGAUCCCAGCCAUUCACAUCCACCUGACAGGGAAACAGGGCUGCUGUGCCAACCGAUGUGGAAUGUUCUUAUCUAUUGGCUUCGCUGCAAUUGGUGUGGCUGGAGCUUUGUACAGCCUGGGUGUGGCUGCAGCAGGAUUGGCUAAUGGACCCGUCUGCAGUAAUGCCUCAGGCAUCUGGGGAAGACCAUUCUAUGACAAUAAUGGCAGCUACCUGCAAAAUCCUGACAUCUGGAAUACCUGCAAGGAGCCCAAGGAUGUGGUUCAGUUUAACAUUGGCCUUUUCAGCACUCUGCUGGUGGCUUCCUGUUUGGAAGUGAUACUGUGCGGCUUCCAGGCGGUCAAUGGCCUCUUUGGUUGCCUCUGUGGUACUUGCAACAGCAAAUCGGUGUAAAAUGUUUUCAGAGGAGGGACAGCCUGAUCAUAAAGACAUCAUCAACAAUCCACCCCGACGGCAACCUCAGUGCCUCGAGAAAUAUCAGCAGCCUAUUCGGCUACAUUACUGGCUGGGCAAUAUAAUAAAAAUCACAAUACUUCAGUUCCAAAGAAAUUUCACGGUAUUCAUCAUUUCUGACUUCUGAUAAGUUGGAACAGAUGGUUAAAAGGACGAGUGUUGGCAUAUUUACUAUAUUUACUAUGUAAUAUUUACUAUAUAAUACUAUAUAUUGACUAUAAAACCAUUUUAUUUCAUUUUUAUGAUUUUUAUUCAAUGUUUAGCACACUGCACUAAAUCCAGUGUGACUAAUUCUGCUCCUACUGUAACAAAACAGGCAGUUCUUUAGUGUUUUAGAAGUACUGACGAUAUUCACAAUAGAAAAGCAUGUUGUGAAAUAAUUUAUCAUAAUAAUAAUAAAUACCAUCUUAUUGCCUAGCCCUAGCUGCAACACAUGCUGACACAAUGCUAAUAUCAUAGCUCUAGUGUGAACAACUGUGUUUUUAAAAUAAGGAAACUUCUUCAUUUGAAGGACAUUGUACUGCAAAGAAUUUGUAUGUUUUAUGGAAAACAGUCAAAAUAAUAGUUUUUGACUAUGUAUUAUUUAGACCGCCAAUAGACUGUGAAUUUGCUACAUUUAUUGGUUGCAUUUUGUAAGUAAAACCUUUUUAGUCAUA